AUGCCGACCUACGCGAUCCUCGGCGCACCCGGUCAGGUCGGUGGCCACGUCCUGCAGACCCUGCUGAAGCGGCAAGACGUGCACAUCCGGGCUUUUGUCCGCUCCCGGGCCAAGGUCGAGAAGCAACGACCCGAGCUCACGACCGACGUAGCGAUCCAGAAACGCGUCUCCUUCUUCGCAGGCGAUAUCACAGACGUCGACGUGCCAUCUCCCUGCCUGAAAGGUGCAGACGCCGCGUUCCUCUGCGUCGCGGCAGCCGCCAGCCAGCCUGCUGCAGCUGCCUUUUACAUCCAGCUCUGA